UACAGACUCCGGGCGCAGUGAGUAAAGGGAGGACGAGAGAGCUCGCUCAACAGGUUUCAGGAGUUCUGUCAUGCAGACCUAAAGUGAAAACAAAAAUCUGACUUAAAGACAAAUAGGAACGAACAUCUGGCGUGACAUGUAUACACUGGAGCAUCGUUACCACUGCUGUCCUGAUGGACAGUUUCUAGAGUUUCCAUGAGACGUGUCUGCUUCAAGAAAGGACCUGACAACUUGUAAAAUGGAUUCAAGCCCGAUUAAGGAUCACAGACUAGCUUCACGUACACACAGCGGUGUUUCUAUGAACAGUGACUGGUCCGUGGAUGUACCACCAGCCUUCAGCAAAGAAGAACCAAGGUGUGAAACUGUGAUGAGCCCGAUUAAGGAUCACAGACUAGCUUCACGUACACACAGCGCUGUUUCUAUGAACAGUGACUGGUCCGUGGAUGUACCACCAGCCUUCAGCAAAGAAGAACCAAGGUGUGAAGCUGUGAUAAGCCCAAUUAAGGAUCACAGACUUGCUUCACGUACACACAGCACUGUUUCUAUGAACAGUGACUGUUCGGUGGAUGUACCACCAGCCUUCAGCAAAGAAGAACCAAGGUGUGAAGCUGUGAUGAGCCUGAUUAAGGAUCACAGACUAGCUUCACGUACACACAGCACUGUUUCUAUGAACAGUGACUGGUCCGUGGAUGUACCACCAGCCUUCAGCAAAGAAGAACCAAGGUGUGAAGCUGUGAUGAGCCCGAUUAAGGAUCACAGACUAGUUUCACGUACACACAGCACUGUUUCUAUGAACAGUGACUGUUCGGUGGAUGUACCACCAGCCUUCAGCAAAGAAGAACCAAGGUGUGAAACUGUGUUGAGUUUUAUUUUUAGCCCAACCUCACCUAUAACCAGCAGUGUCUCUAUGAGAAGUGAUAUGUCCAACGAGAGACAACUAAGCUCCAGGACAGAAGAACUAAGCUCAAUCACAUCGGACCGACCUGAACAUGACGCCAAGGACUUGGGACAAGAAAAACAUAUCAAAAAGAAACUCACAGAGGACGGGAAGAGAAGAAUCUUGGACCUGUAUGCAAGUCAUGGGGAGAAUUAUUCAGGAUCCUACAAUGACAUGUUCCAGUCAAAUGGAAAGACUGUGAGAACAGUGCUAACAAAGGGAGUUGCUGGUGUUGGUAAAACAUCUUUCUCAAGGAUGUUUAUGGUUGGCUGGGCAAAUGGAAGGUCCAAUCAAAACAUAGACUUGAUAGUCCCACUCCACUUCAGAGAGCUGAAUGAAAGAAGAAACAAAGUUCAAAGUAUUGAAAGUCUGCUUAAUGAUUUUUUAAAUGAUGUCCAACCACGUUACACUCAUGACCAUGAGUGUAAAGUAGCUUUUGUCCUGGAUAAUUUGGAAGAAUGUGAGCUUCCUCUUGACUUCGAAAGAAACAGAAAACUGACCCAUAUACAAGAGCCGGCCUCGAUGGAUGAACUGCUGACAAACCUCAUCAAGGGGGAUUUGCUUCCUAAUGCUCAUCUCUGGAUCAUCUCUCAACCUUCAGGAGUGGAGAAAAUUCCUCCUAAAUAUAUUGAGAAAGGGACUCAGUUUCGAGAAUAUGACCCCAAACAGAGACUCACAGAAGACGGAAAGGAAAGAAUCUUGUCAAAGUACGAGACAGAACUGAGUCAAAAGGAGAAGGAUUCAGACAUCUAUGAGGUAGCCCCAAACAAGGAACAUGGAGAUAAACUGGUACAAACCUACAAUGACAUGUUUCAGUCAAAGGACAAGACUGUGAGAACAGUGUUAACAAAGGGAGUGGCUGGUGUUGGUAAAACAAUUUACUCAAGGAUGCUCAUGGUCGACUGGGCAAAAGGAAGGUCCAACCAGAACAUAGACUUGAUAGUCCCACUCCACUUCAGAGAGCUGAAUGAAAGAAGAGACACAGUUCAAAGCAUGGAAGAGCUGCUUAAACAUAUCUUGAAUGAUGUCCAACAAAGUGACUUGGAAUGUUCAUUAGCUUUUGUCCUUGAUGGCUUGGAAGAAUGUGAACUUCCUCUUGACUUUGAAAACAACAAGAAACUGACAGAUACACAAGAAGCAGCCUCGAUGGACGAGUUGUUAACAAACCUCAUCAAGGGGGAUUUGCUUCCCAACGCUCAUCUCUGGAUCAUCUCUCAACCUUCAGGAGUUAGAAAGAUUCCUCCAGAGCAUAUUAAGAAGGUUACAGAAUGUCGAGAGACGUCGAAGCGUCGGGAGAAGCUUGUAUCAAAACUGAGAGAAAGAUUUCUCAGAGAAAACACUCAAGCUGAAGACGUCACUCAUCCUAACCAGACAAACACAGAGCACAUCAUGAGAGAAAACAAUGGACAAAAGUUGGCAAAAUCAGUGACACAAGUGAAUGUGUUUGAUAUCUUCAAAGAUGAAAGAGGAAAACAUAUCAGAACUGUCCUGACUACUGGAGAAUCUAAUAUCGGAAAAUCCUAUGAUGUGCAGAAAUUCAUAAAAAUGUGGGCAGAAAAUAAGACGAACAGGCGUUCAUUAUUCACUAGGGUUGUAGAUGGAGCCAAGGGUUUUUUUGGUGUAGCCAAUGUCAAUUUAGAAGUUGUAUUUCCAUUUAAGUUGUCUGAGCUUAACUUGAUGAAGCAGAAAAUCGUCAGUUUGGUGGGACUUCUUAAUCAUUUGUUCAGGGAGACCAAAGAAUCUGUCAUCUCUAACUAUGCAAGGUUCAAAGUUGUGUUUAUCUUGGAUGGACUGGAUGCGUUUGAGCCUCCUCUGGACUUUAACAAUAGUCAAAAGUUGACUGAUGAGAGAGAACCAGCAUCAGUGGAUGUGCUAUUGACAAACCUCAUCAAAGGAAACUUGCUGCCUUCAGCCCAUGUCUGGAUAAUCUCCCGACCUUCAGCUGCGAAAAAGCUGCCUGAUGCUUGUGUUGACAGGAGGACGGAAAUACGAGAGAAAUCUGAUCUUGUCAGUCAAAGGAAACUCAAGUCUCAACUGAAGGAACAAUUCACCUGUGUGUCUGAAGGGAUUGAUAGACAGAGAACCUCUGCCCUUCUGAAUGACAUUUAUACAGAUCUCUACAUCACAGAGGGAGAGAGAGGAGAAAUCCAUAACCAACACGAGUCCAGACAGGUUCAAGAGGCAAAGUUCAAACCAAUGAGAGAAGAAAGACCCAUUAAAUAUCACGAUAUCUUCAAACAUGCAUCUGAAAAUAAUCCCAUUAGGACAGUGUUGACGAUUGGAGUGGCAGGCAUUGGGAAAACCUUUGCAUCAAUGAAGUACAUGCUCGACUGGGCCGACGGUACUGCAGUUGAAAACAUUGAUUUCACAUUUCCACUUCCUUUCCGGGAGCUGAAUUUGAGAAAAGAAACAGAACACAGUUUUGAGGAACUUCUGUAUGAGUUGUUCCCAGCUAUGGAAACGUCACAGAUAAACGACUAUGACAAAUAUCAAAUCCUGAUUGUUCUGGAUGGCCUUGAUGAAUGCCGCUUUGAUCUCCAGUUCAAUGAAAGUAACAACUGGACAGAUGUGAAGAAGCCAACCUCAGUGGGUGUUCUACUGACAAACCUGAUCCAAGGAAAUCUGCUUCCUAAAGCUAAAAUCUGGAUCACCUCCCGGCCUGCAGCCUCCAACAAUAUUCCUGCUGAUAAAGUUGACCGAGUUACAGAGGUACGAGGAUUCAAUGAUGAGCAAAAGGAAGAGUAUUUCAGGAAGAGAUUCAGUAAAAAGGACAAGGCUGAAAAAAUCCUCUCACAUGUGAAGAAAUCAAGGAGUCUGUACACCAUGUGUCACAUCCCAGUUUUCUGUUGGAUAAUUUCAAAAGUCCUGGAGGAUUUUGUGAACCAAAACAAAGAAGAGGGGAUGCCCAAGACUCUGACUGACAUGUACAUACACUUUCUGUUGCUGCAGUGCAGACAGGCUAAUGUGAAGUAUAGUGAAGAUGGAACAGUUGAGACUUCUGAGACAGGUCCAUGCUGGAAUGCAAGAAACAAGAAGACAAUCUUAUCUUUAGGGAAACUAGCUUUUGAGGAGCUAGAGAAAGGAAACCUUCUCUUCACUGAAGACGACCUGAAAGAAUAUGACAUUGACAUCACAAAUGCUGCCGUCUUCUCUGGGUUACUCACUCAGAUCAAGAGAGAAGGUCGUGGGCUGUACCAACAGAAACUGUUUUGCUUUGUUCAUUUGAGCAUACAAGCAUUCUUAGCAGCAUUCUUUGUCUUUCACACAUUCAACAAAAUGGGUGAAAAUGUGCUUACCAAACCCACUUCAGUGCUUUCAGAUGUGUCUGCAUCAGACCUCUACAAGGAAGCAGUGGACAAGGCUCUAGAUAGCAAAAAUGGAGACUGGGAUCUGUUUCUCCGCUUUCUGCUUGGACUUUCUGUGGAGACUAACCAGAAACUGCUGCAAGGGCUGCUGAAAAAGACAGAAAAUUACCAGGAGACCUACAAGGAAACAGUUGAGUACAUCAAAAAGAAGAUUAAUGAAGACAUCAGUGAUGUGGAUAAAAACCUCAAUCUGUUCCACUGCUUGAAUGAGCUCCAUGACCACUCCCUUGUUGAUGAAGUUAGACAAUACCUGCAGUCAGAAAGAGUGCCAUUUGAAAGCUUCUCUGCCUCACACUGGGCCGCUCUGACUUUUGUGCUGCUGACAUCGGAUGAGAAACUGGAUGUGUUUGACCUUAAGAAGUACCUGAAAUCAGAGAAGGUUCUUCUGGGACUGUUGCCAUUGGUCAAAAUCUCUCAAACUGCUUUACUGAGUGACUGUGAGCUAACUGACGAAUCCUGCAUUGGUCUGGCAUCUUCAGUCCUCAGCUCUGCAUCCUCCAAUCUCACCGAGCUGGACCUUAGUCACAAUGGCCUGUUUGAUUCAGGUGUGCAGCGACUUGCAGAUGGACUUAAGAGUCUCCACUGUAAACUGGUGAUUCUCAAGUUGUCAGAUUGUCAGGUGACACAUAAAGGCUGCUCCUUUCUGGCCACCGCUCUCAAGUCCAAGCCAACCACCCACCUGGAACAACUGGAUCUGAGUCACAAUCCCAUAGGAAAAAAUGGGAAGAUGGUCCUCUCUGGCAUAGCUGAGGACGUGAAGCUAAAGAUACUGCGCUUUGACCAGGAUGGAGAGCAACGUUUAAAAUCAGACCUGAAGAAGUAUGGUGUAUGUCUGAAGCUUGAUGAAAGCACAGCAAGCAAACGGCUUGUUCUGUCUGAAGGGAACAGAAAAGUAACUAUAGGCAAGGUGGAGGAGAACAAAGUUCAACGACGUGGGAACAGCAACAAGUUUAAGAGGACGCAGGUGUUUUGUGAUAAGGGCUUCAAAGGGUUCUGCUACUGGGAGGUGGAAUGGAAAGGGAUGGUCGGCAUUGCCGUGGCAUAUCAGGGAGUGGGUAGAGGAAUGGACAGUAGUGGAGGCCUAGGAUGUAUUGACAUGUCCUGGAGUCUGAUGUGCUCGAGGACCCAAUACACUGCCAGACAUGGUAACACAUCAAAAGAUAUUAAAGGACCCUGUUGCCAAAAAAUAGCAGUGUUCCUGGACUGGGAAGGUGGAACUCUGAGUUAUUACAGUGUCUCAUCUGGAGAGUUGAGUCUCAUUCACACCUUCCGUGCAAAAUUCACAGACUAUCUCUUCCCGAGUUUCUGGCUGAAAGAGGGCUCCGUGACCUUAUGUGACAUAGACUGAACUCUUCAGUGAUGGAACAACUUCAUGCUGUCGUCACUUUACUCAUUUAUACUGUAAAUCCAGGGUGCCCGAUAUGCUGAUUGACCGGUAUAUAGUGAAGGUUGUGCGGGUUGAUUGCGUGCCAUUGAAAAAAUCUUUUAGAUGUUAGUCUAUCAUCUAUUUGUUGCACCUCCAAAACGAGUAGUAAGACAACCUUUCAUCUUUUUUUUUUUCUUUUUACUAGCGAUGGUCAUAUUGAUACCAACCUUGGUAUCGAUACCAGUGUAGUGCCAUUGAUACUUCAGUGUCAGUUUCUCUCUUGUACAACUGCAGCAGUUUCAUUAAAGAGGUGUAUUGCACUUGUUAAACACACAUACUAUUUGAAAUGCAGCUAAAAAAAAAUAAUAAGUUUAAUUGUUUUUUUAUAUUUGCUGUGAAGAGAUAAUUUUGCACAUCGAUACCAAAUCUAGCGGUAUCUCACGCCACUACUUUUUAUACGUGUAAGCAAGGAACCCAGUCACUAUCCAACUAAAACAGGAACACACAGAACUGUGAUCCAAUACUACAAGUGCAAUAAUUUUAGUGCAAUGAACCUGUGUACUUUUAUAUUUAUAUUUCUUUUGUUUAUACCUGCUUAUAUAUAGUAGUAAUAAUGGUUUGCUAUUUAAAAAAAUAAAUAAAAAUCACUCAGGAAAGCUUGCACAGGCAGUCCAGUGUACCUGUACUUUUUUGUACCUGUGCAAAUGGCUAUUCUAUUCUAAAAAGGAAUAAUAAAAACAAAGAUGGAUGAAGCUUUUAAGACUGUAGCAACAAUCAAUAUGACUUGUGCUCAGGUAUGUAGGUUAGUUUGACUUGGUCACUGGGCGCCCCUAUGAAUCUGACCUGUUGUUGUUAUAAGUAUUUUGCAUAAAAUUGUGUGAUUUCCUGUUAUUAACUUAUUUAUAAGAUUAAAUUAUUCUGAAACUACAAUCUGGGCACCUAUUGAAACUAAUAGUUGUGUCUAUCUGUCUGUCUGUCUGUUUUCUUUCUGUUUGUAAAGUGUCUUUGAGUUUCUGAAAAGUUCUAUAUAAAUAAAAUGUAUUAUUAUUA